UGUUUAGAUAAUCUUCAGACUAUAGGACAUACGUCUUUGGUUAAAGUCACUCCAUAAUCAACAAAAUCUGUUCCAAACUUAUUUUUGGUUUAAACCAACGUGUGUGUUGUUUAAAUUCAUACUUUCCUCAGUAGUUAGGCUGGGUUGAAUUCCUUGGGGCUGUUUAGAUACCUUGUUAUUAUGAGCAAAAUUCCCAGAAAAGUCGUCGCCCUACAGAGCAAGAAGAAAAACAAGCAAAUUAAGAAAAAUGCCCCGAAAGACAAAUCUAUUGGAAACAAAUGUAACGGUGCCGUAGAAGACCGACUUCAACCACAGGACGACGCCACGCCAAAAAAUGAACAAGAGCCAACAUAUUGUGAGUACUCACGAGAUGAGGAAGUAUUAGAGGAGGAAGAAAUUCUCGGCAGUGAUGACGAUGAGCAAGAAGACCCUCGGGAUUACUGUAUAGGUGGAUAUCAUCCAGUUAAGAUCGGGCAGGUAUACAAUUCACGUUACCACGUCGUCCGUAAGCUUGGUUGGGGUCACUUUUCCACUGUGUGGUUAUGCUGGGAUUUAUGUUCAAAGCGUUUCGUUGCAAUGAAAGUAGUCAAGAGUGCUCCGCACUACACAGAAACAGCUCUUGAUGAAAUAAAGCUGCUAUCAUGCGUCCGCGAAUCUGCCCCAGAUGACCCGUUCCGAAAAAAAACAGUUCAGUUGCUAGAUGAUUUCAGAGUGUCUGGUGUAAAUGGGAACCAUGUUUGUAUGAUCUUUGAGGUUCUUGGCCAUAAUUUAUUAAAGCUAAUAAUCAGGUCUCAGUACCGAGGCAUUCCACUCGAAAAUGUUCGUUCUAUUAUUAAACAAACCCUUCAAGGACUUCAUUACUUGCACACAAAGUGUCACAUUAUUCAUACAGAUAUCAAACCGGAAAACAUUUUAGUUUGUAUUUCUGAUUCUCAAAUCCGUAGAAUGGCAGCCGAGGCCCUCGAUGCUCAAAGACGAGGUGUACAGUUGUCAGGUUCCGCAGUGAGUACUGCACCCAAAGAAAAACAAGAUAACAUGAAGAUGACAAAAAGUCGCAAGCGCCGUCUGAAAAAGCAACAACGAAAACAACAAGCACUUUUAGAACAGGAACUUGAUGAAUUAGAGGAAUUGGAAUCACAGGAGCAUGAACGUCGUUUGUUGGAUAUGGGACUGAUUCCUGCUGACAAUGAACACAACCAUGAAAAGCCAGAACAAGUAGAUGAAAAGCCUAAAAGGGACUCAGAAGUAUCCCCAGAACAGUCAUACUCGAAUGAGGCUAAUACUACUCCCCCAACAGCAGACUCAUACAAUGCCAGUCCAAGCAAAGAUUGUCAUCCUACUACAAAUAACACUGGGUCACCCGACGUCUCUACAAAGCCACAAUGUAAAAAUGACACAGAAGAGUCAAAAGAUCAUACUAAACACAAACAGAAUAAAGGUCCAACUGACUUGUCGGAAGAAAGUGAUCAAUUUAUACGAGAAGACAACGAAAGUGGAAGUGGACUGGCUGUUCGUCGUCGAGUUAAAAAGCUUCCAGAUCAUUCUGGUGCUGCUGAUGAUAAGGCUGAUACUCCACUGGCUCCUGUGACUGAACCACAGAAAACGUCAACUACUGGUGAUCGUAGGUCCGUAAUCAUUCAACCAGAUGGGCUUUUGGCAGCAGCUGCAGCAUCAGUGAUGUCUAGUACUUCUCAUUCUCCACCGGAGUCCUCAGCAAAAGAUGAUCAAGGUCAGGUCAAAUCGAAUUUCACGAACUCGAGGUCAAACGGAACUGAAGGAAAUGAAAGGAAACUUAAUUCGGAGUCCAAAUCAACUCUGACAGUAAACAAUACUGGUGAAGGUAGUUCCAAACGGUUAAGUUUGGUUACACCAUCUAAUAACAAUGCAGUUUCUGGUCAAAGUGCUUCAAACAAACGUCGAUCACUGCUUUUCGAAACUGUGAUACAUGAACCUGAUGCCAGUAAAGAGCCGUGUGAUAUUGAAGUGAAAAUCGCCGAUUUGGGUAAUGCAUGCUGGACUUACCGUCAUUUUACUGAGGAUAUUCAAACUAGACAGUAUCGAGCCUUGGAGGUUCUCAUUGGCUCCGAAUAUGGACCACCCGCAGAUAUUUGGAGUACGGCUUGUAUGGCUUUUGAAUUGGCUACCGGUGAUUAUCUUUUCGAACCGCAUUCUGGCGAAGAUUAUACACGAGAUGAGGACCAUCUAGCACAUAUCAUUGAAUUAUUAGGCCCCAUACCUAGAAAUAUUGCUCUUUCAGGAAAAUACUCCCGUGAAUAUUUUGAUAAACGAGCUUGUUUACGUCAUAUACAUCGCUUGAAACCUUGGAAUUUAUUUAAUGUCCUCACUGAGAAAUAUGAUUGGCCACCAAGCGAAGCGGCUCUUUUCACCAGUUUUCUGGAACCAAUGCUCGCGUAUGAUCCUAAUAAAAGAGCGUCCGCGUGGGAUUGUUUACAACAUUCCUGGAUAACUGGUCAACCGUAUUCUCCAUCAGUUGAGGAAGGCCUACCAAAUCAUAUCCCAUUUGGAGUGAAUAUACCAGAUCCAUUGAUGGGUGACGUUUUAUCUAAUCCUAGUACAUAUUACCAUCCACAUGUCAAUCAACCAAAUAUUGUAGAUCCCGCAAACGCUGCUGGCUUGUGUUAUAAUCAACACCCGCACUUAAAAAAGCAAUACCCGACAGUUCAUUGCGUUGCUCCACAAUCUAGAAACAGUCGUUCUGUCAACUACAUACCACCUGAACUAUCUUUCAGUGGAAAUGUCAACCCAUCUGAAUAUCACUUAUCUUAUGGUUCCGAAAUGGUUAUGGGUGGGGAAAGUAUGCCGAAUCGUAGUAUGUGUGUACCAGAUUCUCACUUUCAACCGUGGUCUUCAAAACUCAUGGGCUCAAAACGACUAGAUGUUGUUAGCAAUGUGGACGGCACAAUAAAUUUAGAUCCUGUUCAUGUUGGAAAUUUCAUACACAGUCUACCAGAUCUCAGUCCUGCUCCUAGCGAUGACGAUUAUGACGAAGAAGAUGACGAUGACGACGAGGAUGAUGAUGAUGAGACCAAAGAAGGUGAAGAAGAUGAGGAUGAAAGCGGAGAUGAUGAGGAUCCUCGGAUGCAUUCGUUACACCAUCAUCAUCGUCAACAUCAUCAUUCGCACUAUUAUGGACAUCCAUCUAAUACAUCAUCUGUUUACCAAUUUUUGGAUCCCCCUCAUAUAAUGCCAGUAGAAUCUUCUGAUCAUUCUCAUUAUGCUGACCCUUUAGCUAUGGCAGUAGCUGCUGGACUACCACCUAGUAAAGCUGCUAUACUAGCUUAUGCAGCACAAGCUCUUGGACCAGAUACUGUUUGGGCUGGUUUAGCUGCAGCAAAAAAACGUCAACAACAACAGCAAGUGCAACCAAUGAAUAAUACAGAAGAGACAACUUCCGAUUCACUUACUAAUAAUGAUCAUGUAAUAUUAACUACCUCAACUAUAAAAAUUGAUGAUGAUGGUACACCAUGUAACACUGAUUCGUUGCAACAACAAAAGAAAGAAAUAGAUAAUGAAUUGCAUAACAGUGGACUUGAUGUAGAAGAUGUAUCUAAUUAUUUCUCAACUUCACUCGAAGUACGUUCUGCUACAAGUUCUACAACCGAAGAUAUAUCUAAUACCCCCGACUAUGUGAAUAAUAUAUCAGAUAUAAGGAAUUUUGAUUCUGAAUUACAACGUACAGUGAGUGAAAAUAUCACUCAUCAAUAUACUGAACCGACGGAAACACUUACAGAAGCUUAGUUUUAAAAUUCCAAUUUAUCUGAUCUCUAUCUCCUGUUUCGUGAGAACCACCUAUAGGCUUUCAUUUUAUUACUCUUAUCUUAAAGCAUAUUCACUACUAUCUCAUAAAACAAAACAAUGACGUUUGUAAUUUGAACGUUCUUGUUAGAAAAAGAUUUUCAUCUUAUUUAAUGAUGUCUAUUAUUAUUAUUAUUAUUAUUAUCAACAUCAUAUUGAUAUCAAUAAAUUGAAAGUUUGAUGAACACAUUCACCAAGUAGUAAUGGUGGUGUAUCUGCCAAUUAUAUCUUUUUUGUUUUUAGUUUACAUUCAUUAUUUCCCUCGCCACGUAGUUGGUUUUUAUAUAUUAUAUAAAACAGCCUCGUAAACUUUCUCUUUAUAUAUAUAUAUAUGCAUACAAAGACGUUUCAAUUUACUUUUCGCUUUUAUCUAAUCCAACAUAUCUACCCUCUCUCAUAAUUUAUUUGAAAUAUAUUGCACCAAGACCAGAUAUAAAACCUGAUAUAUAUAUUGGUUUUACUAACUACUGUACUAUUCUUGUCAAUAAUUUUGUCAUUUCUCUUCAUUUUUCCCUUCAUGUACAACAACCUGGACCUUUAAUUGUUUUAACAUUGCGAAAUUUCCAGUAUUUGUAGACAUUUCUAUCGGCAUAACCUAGGCCUUAUCUGUACCGAUAUAUAUAUAUAUAUAUAAUUCUCAUUUAGGUUAAUCAUUUUGAUCCUAUACAAGAAAAUACCCUUUGCAUAUUUCAUCGUUACAAAGCACUACCCCACCCUUUUAACAGUCCAAUUGUACGUUGUAGUUGCCCAAAUUCUUUCUAGCAACUUCAUGCGGACUGUGUUGUAAACUAUACUCUUGUCAUUAGUUUUUUUGUGUGCUUCCAUUUUCACAGAAAUCGUUAUUUGUUUGCGCGCGUUUGUAUAUCUAUGAACAUAGCCACUGCUGCGCAUGCCGUCCCGUCUAUUGUGUUAUCAAGCGCGAAGCAGUCAGUUCUGUUUUGGAAACUUAAGAUUUAACAACUAUUUGCUAAAAAAGAUUAUUACUAUUAUCAUCACUAUCAAUACUAUCACUAACUGACAGCUGAUGUCAUUUUCUUUUUUUCAUUAUUCCUAUUUCUGCAAAACCGCUGAACUAUUCAUAUUUCAACAUUAGAAGACUUAUUCAAAUAGUCAUGUUAUGCAUUUUGAAAUUAUGUGAUUUGUUGAACAUUACAUUAAAACUGUCAUAAAUAGAAAAUAUGUGAUCUAAUGCCAAUUUAUGCGACUCGUGUUUAUACUUUGUUCUUGUUGUAAGUAAAUAUUCAUAUGAAUGCGAAAAUGCCUUAAUUCCACUGCUAUCUCAUUUCUUUAUUAACUCAUACAAUAAACAAUCAAUGAUGGUAGUGGAACUUAUUAUAAACUAUUUGAAAAUAAUUGGUCAGUUUUUGUUCCUAAUUUUCAUAUAUAUAUAUAUAUACACUAAGUUAUGCACAUAUACGAGUACUCAUGUUCCACCAUUUGUCCCAUGUUUGAAAUCGUGUUAUAUUGCCGAAAAAAUUGAUGAUAAAUAUGAUUUCCAAACUUUGUUAAGUUAGGUGUGAUUGUUUUUUUUCUUGUGUGCGUGUAUCUGUGUACCUACACUAUCGACUAUCCUUAAACAGAUGUUCAAAUGAAUUUGGUUGUACAAUUUAGUCGGUCAUAAGAUUUCAUGAUAAUUGAUAACAACCCUGUUGCCAUUCAAGACUUCGUGAUUUGUCUUGUUUUCUCUGUUGAUUUUGUGUGUGUUUGCUCUAUCUUAACUAGUCAAUUGUUACCCUAAUAACUAUACUCCAAUCAAAUUGGUUCGAUCAUUAAAAUACGUCAUUUUCAACUGUGCAAGAAAUAGAUACGUAAAUCUGUCUUCUUUUUAUGAAUCUGGUUUUAUGGGAAUACUUAUUUUUUUGGUGGAUAUUGGAUACAUGUUCAAGUCCAAACCUGGUUAUAGUUAUCAGAAAAAAAAUGGAUUUAUAUUGUGAAUGCUUUUAAAGUGGUAACGGAUGUUUAGUUCUAUACUACGUUUAUUCUCCUGUCUUUGGACGGAAUAUAUGUAAUCAUUAUAACAUGAUCAAUAAAGCCAUCGCAUCGCGCUUGAUUAGAAAUAAAAUUAAUUCAGCUAAAUCACCGAGUACGCGCUUGUAACCUGGACGUAAAGCAACUUUUACUGUAAAGGCAAGUAAUGUUACUUAUUGAGUUACACCUGAUAUUCCUCGUAGAGGAGUGUCAGCCCUCUAACAACAUACUCUAUCGGACCCUGUUCUGGACAAUCCUUUCCAGCUGCUAUUUGUCCUGAUGUCUGCUUCCCCUUCCGGAGGCCGUGUGUCAUUUGGUUUUCCUUUUUUCCGUUCCACUUCAACAUUAUCCGCUAUCUCCGUUUUUGUUCAAAUUCAUCAUAGACCUACUGCUGGAAAUAACGUUCUCGUCGACUGAAUUCUCG